GAGAGGAUGAAUAAUGUGACGGACUUCAUUCUCCUGGGCCUAACUCAAAACACGGAGCUUCAGAAAUUCUCAUUUCUUGUGGUUUUCAUGGCCUUCGUGGUCACCUUGGCAGGCAACCUGCUCAUUAUGAUCACUGUCAGCACCAGCAGGGCCCUGCGAUCCCCCAUGUACUUCUUUCUGUCUCAGUUAUCUCUAAUAGAUGGCUGCCUUUCUUCCUCUAUUACCCCUAAAAUGCUAGCCGACAGUCUGACUGUGAGAAAAAUCAUCUCAUUUAGGGGGUGUAUGACUCAAGUCUUCACUGAGCAUCUUUUUGGUGCUGCUGAGAUCAUCCUUCUCUCGGUGAUGGCCUAUGACCGCUACGUGGCCAUCUGCAAACCUCUGCACUACACGGCCAUCAUGAGCCAACAGGUGUGUGGCCUCCUUGUGGGAGUGGCCUGGGCUGGAGGAUUUCUCCACGCAACUGUUCAGAUCCUCUUCCUCGUCUGGCUGCCCUUCUGUGGCCCCAAUGUCAUAGAUCAUUUCAUGUGUGACUUGUAUCCUUUGUUGAAACUUGUCUGCAUGGACACUCAUACCCUCGGUCUCUUUGUUGCUGCCAACAGUGGGUUCAUCUGCUUGUUAAUCUUCCUCCUCUUGGUGGUGUCCUAUGUGGUCAUCUUGCGCUCCCUAAGGACUUACAGCCUGGAGGGGAGGCACAAAGCCCUCUCCACCUGUGUGGCUCACAUGACUGUGGUCGUCUUGUUCUUUGUGCCCUGCAUAUUUGAGUAUCUGCGUCCGGUAACCACGCUGCCCAUUGAUAAAGCUGUGGCUGUGUUUUAUACCACGAUAACUCCUAUGUUAAAUCCUUUAAUCUACACCCUCAGAAAUGCAGAGGUGAAAAAUGCUAUGAAGAAGUUCUGGAUGAAAAGUUGA